UUAACAUGAUAAACAGUCCAGUGUUUAGAAUAUUACCCGCUGAGAGGAAUGAUCGAACGAAAGUUCUAGUAAUAAGUAAGCGAAACGAAACAGAUGAUAUUUCAUUUGCCAGGUAAAUAAGAAGAACUGCUCUUGCGCCUGGACUCGACAAUAGACCCGUUCAGAGGAUUCUCCGAAGAAGCGCCUUUUGAACUCACCUCCGAAAGGAAAAAAUGAUGGGCAUAACUUGUCAGAGAAAUAAAAAAAUCAGGUUUACAAAGCACGACGCCAUAGCUGUAUGCCUGGCUAUAUUUCUUCCUAUGACUGCAACAAUACUUACAAUGGUGUCGAUUCUGCCAGCACUAGGGGCCUCACCGUUGCCUGACUUCUCGAAUCCGGUUAAGGGCUUUGAGCCAAGAGGGACAACUUUAAGUGAUCAGAUUGUGACCCUGGGAAAUUACGAGUACGCACUACAAUUAGAUCGCACUCUUUUUACGCAGAUAUUCAACAUCUCACACCAAAGCCAACAGCGUGUAAACUCUUCACCAGAAGAUAAUUCGUCUUCCGUCCAGCGGCGCAGGCGUCGAUCGGCACAACUGCCUCCUUGCAGUCCCUUCUCUCCCAUUUUUAGAAUCGACGAUAACGUAAUAUUUGUGUUUGAGGCUUCAGACUCCAGUCAGAGCAUGUUUGAGGCAAGUAAACUGAAGGCCGCCUGUUCCAUAGAGAAUGACAUUCUGAGUUCUAGCUCUUAUUCCUCACAACAUUGCUCUCGAAUUCUUGACACAGAACCUGGUAAAACGCGAUGUUGCCCGAAUCCAUCUCUUGGAAAUUACAUUGCUCUGCUUAAUAACCGCACAACAUGUCAAGACAUAACUGAUCAGGAUGUUUCAAAUGUCAAGAGUUUGUUGCUUCAGUGCCACCGUUACUUUGUGAAACAAACCUUGGAGAAGGACUGUGCUAUUUACAGUUGUAAGGGCGUCCCGGCUGUUUGCACUAAAUACAAUGCUGUGUACAACAUUUUCCAGUUUAUAACAGAUGAUGAGAUGAGUCCGUCCAAUGGUAUGUUCUUGAGGUAUACUGCAUCGUUCCCAGAAAUGUACCAAAAUGAAUAUGAUUAUUUAUACAAAGAACAGCUAAAAGACGGAGUUCCUGAGAAAGAAGGAGUAAAAUUAGCAUCUUUCAAGUUCAGCAACUAUAAAUUCGACCAAUUUAGUGAGAAGCUUCUUGCUGAGGUCAUAUACCCUGCUCUGGCUAUGAUAUUUGUUUUCCUUAUCAUGUGGUUUUUCUUGGGUUCUUUCAUUCUCACUUUCACUGGUCUUUUUUGCAUUAUUUAUGCAAUUGGUCUUUCAUAUUUUCUUUACACAAUGGUCUUCAAAAUAGACUUCUUUCCUUUUCUGAAUGUUACUACGCUGGUGUUUUUGGUGGGCAUUGGAGCCGAUGAUGCGUUUGUGUACUACGACAUAUGGAGACAGACGCGUGCUGCUAAUCCUUAUGCAAACAUCAUGCAGCUGACAUUGAAAACUCUGCGUUACGCUGCCCUCUCCAUGCUUGUCACAAGCUUGACAACAGCAUCAGCAUUUUUCGCCGGAGUAUCUUCCUCCAUUACUGCCAUUAGGUUGUUUGGACUGUUUGCUGGUACAUCCAUUUUGACAAAUUACUUGCUGAUGAUAACAUAUUUCCCAGCUGUUGUUGCUUUGCACGAGAAGUGGGUGUUGAAGUACACAGAUGGACACUCGAGCCUGGAGGUUGUCCCAACGGAAUCAAAUGAUUGUGGGAAGAUUGACUGGACUGAAAUUGCACCUGUAGCGCAGGAUAUGUCAGAAAACACCACUACUAAGUUAGAAGAAAAUAGUCGCGUCAAAGAAGAGGAGCGACACUUUUGUUUUCUGCAAGUCAUUGAUUUUCCAUGUUCUUCAUUAAUAUCAGCCACAAAUUUUUUCAAAACAGCCAGCUUGAAGGUGUUUGAAGAUUAUUUACCUAGAGCAGUGAUCAAGUUACGUUAUAUAUGGAUUGCCCUGUUAGUGUGUCUUACAGCUGGAUUUCUGUGUGUUAAUUUUGUUGAACCACGUUUGCGGCCACCAGAUUCCAAGGAUUUCCAAAUGUUUGCCUCGUCGCAUCCAUUGGAAAGGUAUUUCUUAAAAUACAAAAGCUACUUUAGAUUUGAACAAAAAACUCGGGGCAUGUCGGUGGAAAUGUUGUGGGGAAUAAAACCGGAAGAUAAUGGUAAUCACCUUAACCCAGAUGAUAAAGGAACUCUUCAAAUGGAUGAAAACUUUGAUGAAUCAAGUCUGUUCAGUCCAUCAGGCCAAAGUUUCCUUCGUUCCUUGUGUCAGUCUAUUAGAAAUCAAUCUUUUUUCUUGGCAUUCGGCUCAGGUCGGCAGUGCCCUAUCGAAACAUUUAUUGAAAUUUGUACCUCUCCAGACACAGCUUGUUGUGGGGUCAAUGCUUCUUUUCCAUUUUCAGCUGAUACUGUAGAGAGAUGUGUGAGAAAAGCUUCAACCUCAAACGACACAGGUUUUUUGUUUGAUGGACAGGAGAAAAUAGUUGGUUUUCAUCUGCAAAUACUCACAGAUCAAUCAUUUACCACCAGCUUUACUGCUAUGGAUGACUUUUGGAAGAAAGUGACAUCUUGGUUUGACAAAGAAAUGGCUGAAGCUCCGACAGGAUUAGAGAAUGGUUGGGUAGGAUGCUGGAAUCUAGACUUCUAUGCUCUUCAGAUUGGACUGUCAGAAGGAACGUACUCUUCAUUGGGAAUCUCUGUUGCUGUAUCAUUUGGAGUCAUGCUGUUUACAACCCUCAACAUCUUCAUCAGCAUCUAUGCAAUCAUCACCAUCAUUGGAAUUAUUUCCAUAACCAUUGGGUGUCUUGUGCUGGCCGGCUGGCAGUUGAAUAUCUUAGAGUCUAUUGUGGUGUCAGUGGCAGUGGGUCUGUCUAUUGACUUCACAAUGCAUUAUGGGGUGGCUUACAGACUUGCACCAGACAAAAGUCAGAGAGAUAGCAGAGUGCGUUAUUCAUUAGUGCACAUUGGAUCUGCCAUAACAAUGGCUGCUGUUACAACAUUUCUCACAGGUUUGAUGAUGAUGCCAGCUACAGUUUUGGCGUACUUUCAGCUGGGACAGUUCUUAAUGUUAGUAAUGGUCUUUAGCUGGCUUUAUUCUACCUUUGGCUUCCUAUCAAUCUGCUCAGUAAUCGGCCCAAAGAACAAUUUUGGACAGUUAAGCAUCACUCGCGUCUUCUGGAAGUGUGGACUUUGCAGAAGCGAACCAGUGCGCAGAAUCGAAGUUCAUGCGAGUAAAACCAUGACUAACGAGGUUAUAAACUUGAAUGAGCAUGUCCACGAUGAGCGGCUACUAGAGAAGCAUGAUGACGUCACUUCCCCUUUGCCUGAAAAUCCAGACUGUGUAUAGUUUUCCAUGCUAUCAACAUUGCUUGAAAAAAGCGCUUUAUUUUAACUUCCACUUCAAGAAUUGUCAGAAGAUAUUACUACAAUAAGCAAUUACUAUCCUCAAAAAGAACUUAAAAUCGCCAAUUUUACAUGAGAUUACGAGUAAAAAUUGCAUCAGUUGAAAAACUUUGUACCUAUUGUAAAUAUUUUUAUCUGAGUUUUCACUUAGAAAAAUGCCUGGCGGAUUGUCUUCUCUGUUCAAAAGUAACGAAGAAAAAUUUGAUUACUCUGUUUAAUGUAUAACCUGCCAUCAAGUAGCGACUAUGGUUCAACCACAUUGUCUUGUAUAACUGUAUCAUAAUACACAUAUUACCCGUCUCUAAGCAUGCCUCGCAUAGCAUUACAAUUUGAAUCUAAAGCUUAA